AUACUAGUUUAUGAUGCAUAUUUUCAAAAAAAUUUGGUUCUUGUGCCAACUUUAAAUUUGAUGAAGAUUUAAAGACACAUUCGGUUCGCCCGUUUUGGACCUCCCGGAAAACUAACCGCAGCAACUUGAUCAUGAAGAGACUAUUUUUUACCGGAAUUAUGUAACAAUAUUUUUUUUCAAACUUUGAAGUGCACUUGAUUAAACACUAAAAAAAUAAUUUCGAUAGCUUUCACUAUAUUUCUUUCGUUUCCAAAGUUGUCUAAUUUUUUUCAAGCGCUUGGUGGCCUUACCCCUUAAUCCCAGGUAUGCUGUGUGAAAGAGUUUCAAUAAUUUUUAAUAGUUUGCAAUAAGGCAAAAUAUAUAAUUUCUUCAAGAGUACCUUACGUUUCACAACGAAAAAAAUUCAUUUGCGUUUGUCAGAAUUGUCGACUGGUAAAAGCAUAGUCGACCACGAAGUAAAUACCGAGACCUCGAUCGGGUUAGUUAACAACAAAUCAAUGUUGUAAAUAUAGAAAUAUGUGCAUAUAGCGCGAACAGUGUCUAUGUUCUUGGCUUGAGUAUUCUUUGUACGUAUAUUCACACGAAAACUAAAAGCUUCCUAUCGCGAGUAGAAGUUGAUCGACGGGAUUGCUUUUCUAAUAUUGUGUUCAUUUUACGAAUACAUAUUACAAAUUAAGUGAUAUAACAACAUAUUGGUGAUGUUUAAUAGAUCAAAUCGUUCAUAAACCAUAUAAAAUUUUGAUAAAAUUGUUUCACACCAAUAGCUCGAACAAUUUCACACGUUUGACAUGCACAUGACGACCACGAAUUUUCUCGGUUAAUCGUUACUUGUAUCUACAUAUGAUUUAGUUUAUUCAUUGCAUUCAAUUUACCACGAGUUACGCACGUUUAUGUUAUUAUGAACAUUUUCUUCAUUAACUCGAAUGCAGUAUUACCUAGAAAUUCCUAAAAUAGAAUUGUAAACCUGUCACCGUCUAUAAAAGUAGUUUGUAGUUAGUUAGUAGUGUGUAAUUUUCAAUUUUUUUUCUAAUGUUGUUUUUGUUUUUAUCACUGCACUGGAGUAGUGUAGCACCGACUACAUUAACACCAAUUUGUGUAUAAUCAAGGCCUCCUUUUUACCCUAGCCGGUGUAAUGCCACCGUUGAAAACGAAAACGCUAUAAGGAUGUGACUAUUUCAUUUAAAAAAAUCUAUACACUUUGGUCAUAUUUGAGGUGGUGCCAUUUGAUAAAUUUGAAUUCUCACUAUUAUUGCGUUUGACAAAAGACGCUCUAUCAGAAGUGUUUGUAGGAAUAUAUUAUGCUACAUUGUUUCGUCAUCCAGUAAUGCCCUAAAGUAUCAGUAGCAUCUUUAAUAAUGUGUAUAUUUCCGAUUCCACAAUUUAACGUUCAUUUGAAAAAUCCUUCAUUUGGAGCGCAUCGAUAGUUUUGAGGAGCAUAUUUUUUGUAACUUUACGCUUUAAUCGAUGCUCGUCAAAACUUUCCGAACAUUUGCUUCCGCUAUUCAGUUCGAAGAAUAACGUGCUUAGUUCUUCAGAAUGAUGACCGUGCCGAAUUACUUACCAGAAAAACUACAUGGAACCCCGAAAUCCUACAUUUAUCAUAGGUUAUAGGUUCUGCGAAUUCAAUAAUUACCGAACUCUCACAGAGCUAGAGAUAUAAAAUCAUCAUCGCUUGCGAGCCUAUCUCAUCCUAACACUAAAUCGACAAUGGGGUUGUAUCUACAGCCGAAGUGGAAAGAAAACUCCCACACGAAACUUCAACUCCAACUAGCUGCUAUGGUUCGACUAACCGGACCGGCCUAGAAAAGUUAACAAACAACAAAAAACUUCUUCACUCCUUCACGGCCAACAAGACUGAGUAAGGAGAUCAAUUAAACCGUCAAAGCGCCAGAAUCCUCAUGCAUAAGCUGAACCGAAACAGUGUUUGCUCUCACGCGCCAGAAGGAGACAGCACAGCAAAGGCUAAAAUACACUUCUCAUGCAACCAAUUAUUUUAUUCUUUCAAUUUAGUCUUUCCCCUUGUCUCGUUGUACCGCGCGAAGGUAGAAGAAUAUCCAUAAAUCCAUAAAAUCCGAAGAAUCGUAAAAGAAGAAAAUUAGCAUAAAGGAAGCCCCGGAGGAAUCAGCUUCCAGUAGUGUUCGGAGCGGGUUAGGUUAGGGAUCAUCGAUUGGCAGUGAGCGAAUUGCUGGACGAAGGCACAAACCCCUUCAGCCAGACUACCACCCGCACGUACAGCCGCAGAGGUUUUUGGUUUGCGCAAGUGUGUGAAAACAGUGGACUGCAGAUGAGAGGAAAGGCGGUUUCGCAUCCCGUGUGAUGAUUUAUCCGGAAAGCGUUAAUCUUCUGAAUGAACCAUUGAAAGAAACACAGAAGAAAAGAAGGCGGAAAUAGGGGCCAGAGGGCUACCCACAUUACUUACACUGCCACAACAACUACUGUUCCUAUUAACGAAACACAUCAGUGAAGAUAGCACACGAAAAACAACUUUUGGUGAAACUUGAGAACGAGUGGACCUCUCUGUGGUCUCUUGGUCAGGGUCGGGCUCUCAUCCAUCGCCGCGGUAGAGAGGUAAUAUUAUCAAAACAAAAAAUAAAACAGAGUGAAAAAGUGAGAGCAAUCGAGGAGAAACGAUCAGCAAUAUUGGAGAAGAAACAAAGAAACAUAAAACAUAGAAACAGCAUAGUUUCGUAUUGGUGAUCUGUGUCUAUGUGCGUUCGAUGCAUAGACCCUUGAAAGUGGUGCUCAGUAGCGCAGUUGAACAGAUAUCGAAAGUGCUAAUUGUGUGUUGAGCUAUUACGCAUCCUCAAAACCAGUGCCAAAAUGAUGGUUUACUCGGAAGAACCAAUUUGGUCUAUUCCUCACAUUCCAGCCCUGUACGACGAUGGAGACUACGGUGUAAAUGUCGUCGAAGCGCUGCAAGAGUUCUGGCAAAUGAAGGCAGCACGAGGAGCUGAGCUGAAGAAUGGCGCACUAGUGAUAUACGAAUCAAUCCCAUCAACCAGUCAACCCUACGUCUGUUACGUAACCCUCCCCGGUGGAAGCUGUUUCGGAAGUUUUCAGAAUUGCCCAACGAAAGCAGAAGCUCGGCGAAGUUCCGCCAAAAUAGCUUUAAUGAAUUCAGUUUUCAACGAGCACCCGUCCCGACGGAUCAGCGACGAUUUCAUCGAAAAGGCUGUCCAGGAAGCCCGAGCAUCUUUCAAGGGAGAAAACCCCGAGGACGACGGACCAGACACGGGAAUUGGAGCAUUCAGGUUUAUGCUAGAAACUAAUAAAGGUCGAACGAUGCUCGAAUUCCAAGAGUUGAUGACCGUUUUCCAGCUUCUUCACUGGAACGGGUCCCUAAAAGCGAUGCGCGAGAGGCAGUGCUCCCGACAGGAGGUGGUUGCACAUUACUCAAACCGUUCGUUAGACGACGAAAUGCGCCAACAAAUGGCCUUAGAUUGGAUCGAACGAGAGCACGAGAAUCCCGGUUUGCUGGGUAGGGAACUGGCAAUUGCCGAAAGAGAACUAGAGACUGCUCGGUUGGCUGGACGAGAGCUACGGUUCCCUAAGGAGAAAAAGGAUAUCCUCCAAAUGGCGCAUAACCAACUGAAUGGUGGCAGCAAUAUCAACAGUUGAACACUAGUUUCUAUUUUACCUAACGUUAGAUGGGAGAAUUCUUCAUUGAUGACCAAUUCGAAUGCUAAAAGUUCAUCUCCUGUUAUCAUUGUAUAUGAUUGAUUUUGGUCUCGUACUUGCUUUUCGUAACUAUAGCGUAUGAAAAUUCCUUAUUAAUUAAAUGGAUUGUUUUUAUGCAUUAAUGAUUACGUUUUUUGUUUGAUAUAUAGUUUUAUGAUAGAUACAAACAAAUCAUGCAGGAAGAUUCUGUUUGCAAGAAGCUUCUAAUCCAUAGCAAACAACCAGAACAUAAGCUCAAGUAAAUGUGAUUUUAUUUGCAUAUUCUCCAUAUGAUUUAACAGUAACAUUCCAUAGCCGGUAUCUGUGAACAGUGUUUUUAAUUGGUGGUGGUGUUUAUUUGUUUACAAGUUCACUAUUUCUCUCGUACAAUCAACCUUCAAACUGUCCCUAAUACUAUAAGUUUCACUAUUCAAUUAUGAUAGAACACAGAAUCUACUUAAUAUUCUCAACUAAAUGAUAUAAACAAGCGACGAUAGCGUAGUUUAGUGAGUAGAGCAGCAUUUAAGCACAAUAGAAUCAACCCAGACAAAUGUACAUACACUUACAUCAGGUGAACGGUGUUGAUCGUAAUUGUCCAACUAUUACUCAAACUGUCAAACGCAUCAAAACUGUAUCUUUCCAACAUGUUAAAAGCGAACUUUGCAGCCAAGCUGAUUAGAAAACGUAUCAAACAAACAUACCUGCUGGAGGCACAUGAUUUUUUGAUGAUCAAAAAAUCUAUUUAUUCAAACAAAAAUUGUGAUUUUAAUGAGUUGAAAAAAUUAGUUAGAAAAAUUAGUGAUUUUGAGAAAUCGAAAAUUUUAAUUUAUAUUUACAAAACAAAAUACAGCAGUAUAUUUACACUUAAAAAUUAUUAUUUUAGAAAAUGUUUUUAUUUGUAAUUACAAAAUACCCUUUCGGCCAAAUUUAAACCUAAAAUUUAGACGAAAAUUGUGAUUUAUGCGUAAACUAAAUUUUAACAUAUUUUAAAUGUAUUGGAUAACCAACCAACAGUGUUACAGUGGUAUUUUACUGAUUAUUAGAGAAAGUGAAAGCUAAGUUGGCACAACAAAACGUUCGCCGCAAGCUAGAAUUACUGUCUGUUUACCAGGUGAUCUUCGAUUCUUAGCGUUUCUAUGAUUACAGUAUGGUUCUACCGACAAUUGUCAACCGAACAUGUAAAAUACAGUUUUAGCACAGAAAGCGUGAAUAAAUAAUUUCGUUUUGAAUGCAACUAA